UGACCGUCCGAUCCAUCUGAUCACAGGUUUGACUUUCUUCAACCGUCUUGCUGCUCGCUUUCUCUGGUUAUAAAACAAUUUCAAAAAGAUUCCAAAAAAUGGAAGCUCCGCAAUAAUAAGAGAAGCGCUAUGCAUCUUCGCCCCGACGGAGAGUGAUAAACAGAAAGGAACCGCCGGAUAGAGGAACUAACGGUUCAUGGCGAUGCCGCUAGUUUCACGAACGCCGAGUCAAUCGACUGCGGCGGGAGGGACGUCGUCGUCGUCGUCGUCGUUCCGCGGCAGGGUAGGCGCAACUGAUUUCCCACGGAGGCGGAGGAGAUUGAGCUUGAGCGGUGGCGGGGAGAGGAAUUGGAACUCGCGAGUUAGAAUCUCUGCGGAGAGCAGCGGCGAAGGGCUGAACGCGACGGAGAGAAGCGGCGGAGGUGGAGCAGGUGGAGGUUUUGCGGGAGGCGCGAUGGAGGUUACGACGGCGUUCGACCGGAGCUUCGGAGAGGCCGAGUUCCCCGUUUGGGAGAAGAUCGGUGCCGUGGUUCGGCUGAGUUACGGAAUCGGUAUAUAUGGCGCAAUGGGUUUAGCAGGAAGGUUCAUUUGCUCAUUCACUGGGAUUGAUAGCAUGGGAGGAUUCGAUCCGUCGUUGGAUGCUAUUCUUGGAGGGCUUGGAUAUUCAGCACCUCCAAUUAUGGCUCUCCUAUUUAUAUUAGAUGAUGAAGUAGUGAAGGUUUCGCCUCAUGCUCGGGCCAUUAGAGAUGUGGAAGAUGAGGAACUUAGGAACUUCUUCUAUGGGAUGUCACCUUGGCAGUUUGUCCUAAUUGUUGCUGCAAGUUCUGUUGGUGAGGAGCUAUUCUACCGGGCUGCUGUGCAGGGAGCUUUGGCUGACAUGUUCAUAAAGAGCGCUAGUUUGGCGACAAAUACUCAAGGAAUGGCGUCUUUGGCUGGUGUCCUGCCUCCACUAGUUCCAUUUGCUCAGGCUUUCGCAGCUGCAGUCACUGCUGCUCUCACCGGCGUCCUAUAUUUUGUCGCCUCGUCCCCUAAAGAUCCAACUUAUGUGGUUGCGCCAGUUCUGCCAUCCCGUUCGGGCCGCGAGGAUCUCAAACGACUCUUUGCAGGUUUCUGGUCCUUCCCCCUUAACCUCGUUAAUCUUUUGGGCACUAGCAAAUAGGUCACUCAGAAUCCAUUAAAGCUUUAUGAUAAUUGAUAACUAAAAUAAUUGUCACUCCAUUCAUAUUCGUCGACUAAUUGGAGUUUGUACCUCAAUAACAACUUCUCUAAGAAUUGAAGUUUAGUGAACAAUUUAGAAUCUAGCCUAAUGGUUCUGUGAUUAAGUGUUGGCUAAGAAACCUGCUGAUAUGUUUCUCGUUUCGUACCUCAUCAGCCUGGUACGAGAGGAGGCAAAUGAGGAAGAUCUACUCACCCUUACUUGAAGGGCUGCUGUCUCUCUACCUCGGAUAUGAAUGGAUCCAGACAAACAACAUUCUUGCACCCAUGAUCACCCACGGGAUAUACUCGACGGUGGUUUUGGGGCAUGGCCUGUGGAAGAUACACGACCACCGGAGAAAACUGCGCCAUAGAAUCCUGCAGCUUAAAUCAGAGAGAGGGAGAAUCCAGUGAUGGGAAAUAGCUGGACAAUGUAUAGCAUAUGUUCCAGAGCAUCAUGAUUAGGUAUAUAUAUAUAUAUUAACCUUUGUAAAGAAAAAUAAUAUGAUGCGACACAGAGUGUUCCUAGAUUAUAGGCUUAGUUCCGAGUGAUAGUUUCCAGCAAGCGGUCUCCAUUGUAUCAGAAAUUACGAGCAUGAAUCGAGGGAAUCCACUCGGAACUUGGAUGGUUGUAUGGUGUGAAAAUCUAGUCUUCCAACUGGGAGAUGAUGCUGGUGAAGACCUUGUAGCCUUGGGCCAUAUCGGAUAACAGGCAGUACUCGUUCUUGGCGUGCUGACGAACAGGAUCAAUAGGGAAGAGCCAGUUGUAAUGACGGAAUCGAUGGCUGGACUGGCUAGGCAGUAAAGCAGACAAAUUGCUCUCAUUAAAAGCAUGUGAAACCACUACAUCUAAAUCAAGGUUAGUCAGAGAUUAACUAGAUAGUAUGCAAUCAGAACAGAACUGAAGUUGGGUUAGGCAUAUAUGAUGAA